UUAAUUGAUUAAUUUUGGGAAAGUUUCCAUUUCCCCUGCCCCUAUUUGGCUAUAUAUAAAUAAAUUAAUGGCCGGAGGCCAUUGAAAUGCAUACCGAAUCCGCACACAUGGAUUCUAAAGAGAGAGACGAGCCGAUGACACCUGCCGGCCGGCUGUUUCUCCAGCCGGAGAUGAACCAGAUUAUACACGCGGUCGCCGGCAUAAAAAACCCGUGCGACGUCGACGCCGUUAAGUCGGUGUUCAGAGACUCCCUGCUCGUCAAGCACCCCAGAUUCUGCAGCCUGAUGGUCAAGGAUCCGGACGGCCGCGAGCGGUGGCGGAGAACGGAAGUCAACCUCGACGACCACUUUGUUGUCCUCCCCGACCCUCUGACCGUUGACCCGUCCGUGUCGGACGAGGACGCGCUCAACGACUACCUCGCCGACCUCUCCGUCUCCUCGCCGCUCCCGGCGGACAAGCCUCUCUGGGAAUUUCACCUCCUCCUGGCCCACAGAUGCGGCGUUCUCCGGAUUCACCACGCCCUCGGCGACGGGAUCUCGAUCAUGUCAAUGUUCCUCUCUUGUUGCCGGAAAACGAGCGAUCCCAGCCAGACGCCGACGGUCGGCGGGGGCGGACCGGGCCGUCGGGAGAGGUUGGGGAUUAUAAGGGUGGCGAUGGUGGUGUGGUACACGGUGGCGUAUGUGGUGGAAUUCAUACUGAGGAGUCUGUGGCUGAAGGAUAGGACCACCGCCGUUAGCGGCGGCGCUGGGGUGGAGCUCUGGCCGCGGAAAUUGGCUACGGCCAAGUUCACCAUUGAGGACAUGAAAGCGGUUAAGAAGGCCGUCGCUGAUGCGACCAUCAAUGAUGUUCUUUUUGGAAUCAUAGCGUGUGGGCUCUCCAAGUACCUCUCCAUUCGUUCAUCCAAAGAUUUGAAGGAUGGCCUCCAGAUCACUGGUCUUGCCAUGGUGAAUUUAAGACCACAACAUGGACUUCAGGAUAUUACCAAGCUGAUGAAUAGCGGUAAAUCGGGCACUGGGUGGGGUAACAAAUUUGGGUUCAUGCUCUUGCCUCUGCAUUACUUUCACAAUGCUGGCAAUGACGACCCUCUCCAGUUCGUGAAGAGAGCUAAAUCCAUGAUUGACAAGAAAAAGUUGUCCUUGGAAGCCCUCUGCGCCUACAAAAUUGGGUAUUGUGUCAUGUCCUUACUCGGCGUCAAGUUUGCAAGCAUUUUCAACUAUCGGAUCUUAUGCAACACGACGUUCACGAUCUCGAACGUGAUUGGCCCUCAAGAAGAGAUCUCUAUUGCGGGCAAUCCCAUCACCUACAUUAGAACAAGCAUAUCAAGUUUGCCUCAUGCGAUGAUAUUACAUAUGGUGAGCUAUAAUGGGAAGGCAGACCUACAGAUCUUAGUUGCCAAAGACAUCAUCCCUGACCCCAAGGUUCUAGCCAGGUGUUUUGAAGAUUCUCUCAUGGCCAUGAAACAAGCUGCUGCUGCUGCUGCGGUUGAACAAUAAUAAUCCUAUAUCACAUGUUUGCAAGGCAUAUAAAUGCAUGCAUGCAUGGGCACUACUGAAAGACAAGGUCGAAACUCAAACAACUCAUCACCUAGCUUAGCUUAUGUAUAAAUACAUAAGUUUCUGUAAUUAAUUCAUAUGAAUAAUGUUACUACAUAAUA